GGGGCGGUCCCGGGGGCCAGAGGCAGCGGGCUGGCGGCCGGGGAGACGCUGACGCCCUGCAGGACCUCCUGGAGCUGGCCGGGGAAGGACUCACGCUCACGCAGUGGAACCUGGACAUCGGGCGGCCGGAGCGGCCGGAGCAAGAACAGAUGCCAGGUGUUCUGCAAAAUGCUUUUAUUCGGUUAUCGGAGCAGCAGCAACAGCAACUAUCCCGAAAACGCUCUCGUGAAACAUUCCCCCUUGGCUCACUGGCUGCUGCCUUCAAGGAGAUGGUCAACAACCCCCAUUUGAGCGAUAUCCAGAUCCAGGUGGACAGCGGGGAAGUCUUCUAUGCCCAUAUGUUUGUACUGUAUGCACGGUGUCCUCAGCUUUUACAAUUUGUUGACCAUAGAAGUUUUGUGGUGGCUGAAGAUGGAGAAGUUGGAGUCUGCCGUGUACUGUUGCAUGAUGCUUCGGGGGAGGCUGUUGCUCUGUUUUUGAACUACCUCUACGCAGCUGAGCAUUUCAUGCCUCAGCAUUUGCUGUCAGGUGUGGCUGACCUGGCAAUAAGGUUUGGAGUGAAUGAAUUGGCUGUUCUGUGUGAAGGCCAGCGUAGCGAAGGGAUAUCUGUAGAAAAGUCAGCCAAUGCCAAAGACAGAGCUGGAACUUUUGAGGAACUCCUGAAUUCCAUGUGGCAAGAUGAAGAUGAAGAAACUGCACCAAAAUCUGUAUGCAGAGAUGAAAUCAGUGACAAUAUGAAUGAGCAGGAACUGGAGGAAAUUUAUGAGUUUGUGGCUACCCAGCGCAGAAUGACCCCUGAUGAAGUGAGGAAGGAAAAGGUCUGCAUUGAAUGUAGACAUGAUGGAGAAAAGAAGAUUGGCCAGGAUGGUGGUUCAUGCCCAAAAAAGAUACUGGAGAAGCCCACAAGAGGCAUGGCAAUUAAGGAAGGUGAAAUAAAAUGCGAUGCAUCCAAAUUGAAAAAUUCUAUUGCCAGCAUGGAAAAGGAUCUGAGAAAGUUUUCUAUUGAGUUCCAGCAAGUUUUUAAGGAAAUAGUGCCCUUUAGAGACGAUACUAGAAAAGAACCCACACACGAGGUUCUUUCUGGUUUAGCUGCGGUUUCCAGUCAGAGAAAUCACCUGGAGAGUUCUGCAAACCAAUUUUCUGUCUCAGAAAUGAAAUGUUCUCUCUGGGAGCCGAGUAUUGACAUAGCCGUAAAAGAAACCACAACAAGAAAUUUUCCAAGAUUUUUUCACGUGCCAGCAAAAGAUCUCCAGAUGACUUUGUCAAGGGACCUCGAAUCUCCUUUCUCUCUGCUUACAUCUGCAUCACAACCAAAUAUAUUAGACAGGCUUCCCUCUCAAAAAGAAAAGCAAGAGAAUAUAAAGAGGAAGGGAAAGCCUCCUGUCAGCAGCCUGGAGAAGCCUGGUGGAGUGAGUCCUCAUCUGAAUGUUCAGAGGGACCAUAUUGUGGUAUUGGAUUCUGAUGAAGAGCUGGAAUGGGAGGCAGGAAAGAAACAGACAGAGGCUACUUCAGGCUUCUCUAGACAACAGUCAUGGCAUAAAGUGAGCCCUGUUGCAGAUGUCCUGAAUUGCAGGAGCCCAUCCCCUCCCCAACAGGGUGUGAGUAAAGCGGGUGAUUGGUUGGGCACACUAGUUUGUGAUGAGGCACAGUCUUUGGGUGAAAGACAUCAGCCCUUGAAUCUCAGUAGUCACAAAGAAGGCAGCUGCUGGGAAAAUUUGGGCUGGAGUGAAGGAAAGACAUUGGUGGUGCCUGAAACUCCUCUGUCCACCUGGAAUAGCUUGCAUGACAUGCAGGUUGAAAAAUCCAGGUUGAAUUCUGGCCUUGAAAAGCAGCGGACUCAUGAAACCCAGACAAGACAAUUAUCUUGCAGCUAUACACCUCUGCCAGUGCUUUCAUCUACCUCUUCACUUGAAACAGUGAAGCCUGACAAUGGCCUAUAUGCAGCAGAGAGAGAUGUGGUGGUUGUGGAUGACAGUGAGGAGGAGCAGUUAGCAGUGCCACCAUUAUCAAGGGGCCUCUUUGCAGAACCUUUGGAGGUAAUAACUAUAAAUGCCAGAAAUCCUUUGGGGCCUUCAGUGCACAUGUUCGAUGUACAGGACAAUCACCCUGUUACUGGUGGUGGUAGUAUAGCUAAUUCAGCAGCCACGUUCCAUUUUGGAGUGGGAGAUUUGCUAUUGCACAACUCUCAGAAUUGUUCUGGAGAAGACUCUGACAGAAGUGAAGCUCUUCCUGUCUCCCAAAGUUUGUCUGCUUCCAUACCUGUUCCAAAGAUUUCUGAUCUUGCCUGCCAAGUCAGGGAAGAAGCCUCUUGCAUUACUCCGCUGAUGCCCUUGCCACCUUAUUCAAACAUGGACACCCCGGAGCUGAAGAAGGCACUGAGCAGGUUUGGUGUCCGUGCUCUCCCAAAGCAGCAGAUGGUUUUAAAACUGAAGGAAAUUUUUCAGUUUACUCACCAACAGGCAGGAACCAACUCCAAGAAAAAGGCUAUGCCGAUUGCUACCAGUUCCUUUCAGAAGCUGCAGCGAAAAUUUGUAUCCCCUUAUCAGAUGCUUCAGGGGAGCCAAAAUACAAAUGGCUUUACAGAUAUCUCUGAAGGAGGUAAUCAGAGGCCAGAGGCUGGAUUUGGGUGGCCAAAGGGAGCAACUGUUCCUGCAAACAGAUUAACUACUGGAGGUGGCACUGGAGACCUAAUCCUUACAUCUUCUCAAGAGUCAGCUGGAUCAUCAGAUGGAAGUGAGAGUUGUGCAACAUCUCAGAGUUCUUCAACUGAGUUUGAAAUCAGCAUGCUGGGAGAGAAAGAGGAAGACGUCCCAGCCUCUCAGACUGCAGAGAGCGGUGAGGUGCAGAAAUUGGAAAUCUUGAAGCACUAUAUUCAUUCCAGCCCAUCUCUUUGCCAGCAAAUUCUGCUGUACCAGCCCAUUGAACUGUCUGUAUUGCAUGCAGAACUGAAGCAAAAUGGCAUAAGGAUUGCAUUGGACAAGUUAUUGGACUUUUUGGAUGCCAGCUGCAUCACAUUUACAACUGCAGACGCUCGGAGAGAAAAGAAACAGCACCUCCAUAGAUCCAAGAAAAAGGGGCAAAGGUGACGCUGAGCUCUUUGGAUGUGGCAUUCUCCCAAAAGAUGAACUCCUGGAGGUUUCUUGCUUUGCAACUUUCCAGUCAGCUGCCACCUCUCCUUUUUCAUAUUUAUAUAUUUUUCUUUGCUCUAUCCUAUUUUGUUUUUUGGCAAAAUCAUCCGUGUUAGGGUUUGUAGUGAGUUUGAUCCCUUUUGACCAAACUUUGGCUUCGGGCAGUGGAUAGCUCGCAUCCCAAGAGCAGCUUUGAAAAAAUGAUUUGAUUUGAUUGCAGUGGCAGUCUUCAGUCCACUUUCCCACUGGCUUAGAUAUGGAUUGUCCUAGUUUGGUAAUAAAAGACUUUGUUUUCUAAGGAUUUAAAUAUCUUUCUACAGACUACAGCUGAAAUUAAGUUACUCAAACUUAAUUUGGCUGAGUUAGUCAACUGCUUAGUUGCUCAAAUAGCAGAUUUCGAGGAGUUGCUAUAUGUCAGAGUUGGCCACUUGCAACACCCGUUCUUAGAGUUGCAUUGAAUCCUGAUGAGUGAUUUCAGCAUGCCUGUUGGGAACAAUCCAUUAACACCUAGAAGUCUCUUCAGCACAUCCUUUCCCCAGGUAUAAAAUACAGGGCUAUGGCUGGCUGAUGGGGGAGGAAAAACUUACUCAACUUCGAAGUUUAUGCGGCCUGAGACUACCACCCAAGUAAUUCACUGCGAAAUUGUCUCCCAGGAGUUGCUUGCUGUGGUGGUUAAAAAAAAAAAAAAAGCAAAGCUGG